AUAACAGGGACACCAUGCCAUUAGUAUCAUUCUUGAAAAUUCUUUGAAAUACUUGUCAUUUCUAUGGCUUUUUUCUGUUUCCUGGUGGACCAAACAAGGAAGGUCAGGAGCUUCAAGCCGGUAGCCGGGUCAUGUUCAAGAUGCGGCGGUGGUGCCAGUGUGGCUAACAUGAGAACUUCAACAAGAUUUUGUUAUGUUCCAUUUUACUGGAAAUCUUGGAGAGCUAUCAUCUGUACGUUUUGUGGAGCCAUUCUCAAAUCUUAUAGAUAAGUUUUGGAGCACAUAAAUAUCUAUGAUCACUCCACUCGAUCUAAUCUUACAGUCAACCUUCUUCUCUUUCCGACUCCAUGGCGUAUAUUUCUUGAAAGAGAGCUUGGGUAAAGGGGUAAAAUAUAGCUCUCUCAUGUCUGAGAGAGAGAGAGAUGGAGGAGAUGUUCGCGAGUAAUUGAUAUUGCUCCUGUAAGUCUAAUAAUUUCUGAUGUUAGAGAAUAAGGAGUGCUAACUAGAGAUCUUUUGUGGAGCUAGCAGCAGCUGGUUUGGUAGGUCUGCGAAUUCUGCACAGUUCAUUAAUGAACUCAUGGAAAGGAAUAUUUAUGUAACUAGCAUAAGGAAUAGAUUGAUCAGUCAUGAAUAAUAUAUUAAAAUUACUUGUUUUUCA